CUGUUCGGUCCUGAUCAAGGACCACCUCCGUUCGUUUGCACAGCGAGUUCCGAUCAGUGCGACGGCAGUGGCGGUAGCUGGUCGUUCGUUAUUGACCGCGUUUCACUCAGCACAUCCCGACGACCUCGCCUCCACUCAGAUGCAACAAGUGUACGGCUAGAAAUGUCGUCUGAUUCGUCGGCUAGCUAUGACGUGCAGGUCAAGGCCGAAGCUGCGCCCGACAUGACCCCUGAGGCCGGAUCGAUGUUUCGCGGUGGUGGCAGUUCAGUUUCCAUUCACGUUUACUACGAACUUGAUCGAUAUUCUGAACAGAUGGAAUCAAUAGCCUUACUUUUUAGUGUGCGAACUAAUCCUUACAAGUAUGUAGCUCCGAAAUCAACGUCAGUCAACGAUGACAUCAUGGAGAAACCGAUGAGGCCUGAGGAAGUCGCCCUUCUUAAUAAAUUUCUUCACAAAAAGGUUGAUCUUAUGCAGAACAGUGGAAUAGACAUCUCUCUGGAUAGGAAUGACCCACGUUCCCCGUUACAUUCCAUUCACAGUUUCCGCGAUCUCAGACUCCGACCGGAGCUUCUUGAAGCCUUAAAUGUGCUGGGUUUUUCUCAACCAUCGAAAAUUCAGGAAUUCGCUUUGCCGUUACUAAUUAUGGAACCUCCAACCAAUAUCAUCGCCCAAUCACAAUCUGGUACAGGAAAGACGGCAACAUUCGUACUUACGAUGUUGUCGCGUGUAGAUCCUUCAGAGAAGUAUCCUCAGUGUAUCUGUUUGGCGCCGACAUAUGAGCUGGCAAUACAGAUUGGUUUGUUGUCUGAGAAAUACAUCUUCCGGGAUGUCGUUUCAAAAAUCGCUCAGUUCAUGCCAGAAGUCAAGGUGCACUUCGCUGUUAAAGGAGUUAAGCGUGAGAGUUCCCGGACAUAG